AUGUGGAGAGUCAGUAAUUAUCCUGGAAAUUGGCCGCAUCGUCGUCUACCUCUUCUUGAAUGUUUAACCACAUUUACACCUGACAUAUUGUGUGUACAAGAAUUACAUCCAUUAUUUCAUGAUCUUAUUGUUGAAGCUUUGCCAUCUCAUGCAUAUAUUAAAGAUGAUUUUGCUGGUUGGCAGAAUGAGAGUAAUAUAUAUUGGAAUGGAAAUUUAUUUGAUAUAGUAGAAUAUGGUAUUGUUGAUAUUGGUAUGAAAGAACCAUUACGACGUCUGUUUUGGGUACUUUUAAAAGUUAAAACACUUAAACUGACAACUGAAGAACAAAUGAAAUCAGAAAAGAUCAUUACUCAACAAAUUUUGAUAGCAACUGCACAUUAUACAUGGGAAGGUCAUGCAGAAGAGCAUACAACAAAUAUUAAUCUACGUCAACAACAAGCACAACGUACAGCAACAGCUUUACACGCUUUACAAUCAAAGUUUGGUGAUCCUCAUUUAGCUAUGUUAUUUAUGGGAGAUUUAAAUGAAAAUUUUCAUCCACGACGUAUUUUACAUGAAGCUGGUUUUAUUGAUUGUUUUAGUGCAUUACGAUUACCUUGUCUUCCUACUCAUCCACAACGUCCUAGUACACCUAAAGAAGAUUUUCUUGGUGAUUGCCCAUUAGAUUGGAUAACGCAAAACAAUUAUGCACGUCCUAUUUUAGCGAAUGUAUUAAGAAAUUUGAUUUAUAAUGAAUCACCAUUGAAGACUUCGCCAUUACCAGAUUUAUAUAAUAUCGCAAAUAAUAAUAAAAAUUUUAUUUUUGAUUCUGAGGUUGAGUCAGAUUUGUCAAGUGUUCUUGCGGAUACAUCUACUGAGAUACAACCAACAAUAACAUCUUUAGAAAAUCAGGUGCCAUCACACACAACUAUAAAUGGUGAGACGAAUGAAUCGAUACCAGAUCUUGAGGAAUUUUGGAGACGUGGUGUGGCACAUGAGAAUAUCACAGAUCCUAUUGUCGAAGAACCUACUGAUCAACAAAUAUCUAGCAUCACCGAUUUUUCUACUGUGGCAAAUGAUCAUUUUACAGAAUCUGAAAAUCAACAAGAACAUAAUACAUCAUUAAUUAAUAAUUUAUAUUUACCAUUACAAUCAUUCUCUAAUGAAAUAUCACAAAAUACUUUGACAAAUACAGAAACAUGUCCAUCAGGCAAUGUAACACCUUGUGGUUAUUUACGUCAUCCUAUUGCGCCAAAAACUCGUGUACGAUAUGAACGUGAAUUGAUUAAUAAUAAAAUGUCAGGUAAAAUGGCUCAUAUAAAAGAUUAUUUUGAAGAAAGUUCAAUAUUUAUUGGACCUGAUAGUUUAUUCACCAAUCGACAUCUUGAAAUUAGUUUACUUUCGAAGACGCCUGACAAUAGAUGUAUUUAUAGUCGUCAUACUUUUUAUACUCCAAAUAUGCCUGAUGCGAAAAAAUUUUCUAAUCCAAUUUAUCUUGAAUCUAACCAAUUAGAUGUUGAAUGUAAUUUUAUCAAACUAAAAUCAAUGAUUGCUAAAAAAUGUCAACAAGAUUUAUUACGUAACAGUGAAUCUGAUAAACAAUAUCAUUGGACGAAAACUCCUAAAUGCACAAUUAAAUAUUAUCCAUCUGGUGAAGAAAACUCAAUAGAUAUAACACCAAGACAGUUUAAUAAAACUUAUCAACUUGAUAAUCUAGUUCUUGGAAUUCGUCCAGUUGAACUUCAACCAGAUGGAGUUUCAUAUCUUACUAUUCCAAAUUCACCUGUUAUCAUCUCAAAUAUUUUUAUUGGAGUCAAUUCUGAUGAUUCACCAACAACAUGGAAUUAUAAUGAAUGCCAACUCAAAAUUGUGGAUAUGAAAAUUAUUAAUGAAGAUGCUUCACUUAAUGAAAACAAUCGUUGUAUAAUACAAUUUCUUCUUGAAAUUCCACAAAUAUAUCAUUGCACGUUAAAAUCUGGUUUCAAACUACUUGAAGUUUCACUGAUAACAAAUGAUGAUUUAAGUUAUAUCUAUAAAAUUGCUUUUGAAAAUGAUAUUCAAAAUCCAGCAUAUUUUAAAGUGAAUAUUGAUUCAAUUAAUCUGCAGCUCACUAUUAUCAAGGAACGUUUAUCUAAUCAGCAACAGAUUCACAAUGGUCUUCAAUUGAAACCAUUAUCAAACCAAGAUAAUAUCACAGAUUUCAAUCAUUUUUUUGUACGAUUUUGUCUGCAAGAUGUUGGAAUGAAUACUUUUAGUCAUCCAAAAUCGUAUACACAUUCAAUUGUGCAAUCAAUGGAAUUGAUUGAUAUAAAUGAAUCGAUUAAUAUGAUGCAAACUUCUUAUCCAGAAAAUAAUGAAUUACAACAAAAUUAUUAUCAAUAA